AUGGAAAAAUUUGAACACUAUGUGUAUGGAAGGAAUGCACGAGUUGACUCCAAUCACAAACCACUCGAAACUAUUACUAAAAAGCCAUUAGUAGAUGCACCAAAACGACUACAAAGAAUGCUUCUUCAAUUACAAAAAUAUGACUUUGUGGUAAAUUACAAAAAAGGUGCAAAUAUGUUCAUUGCCGAUACUCUGAGCCGAGCAUAUAUUAAUAAAAGUACUGACACGAUUGGUAAAAGUGAUGUAUUUCAUCUGUCACUGGCUAAUGAAAUUGAAGAAAUUGAUAUGUUGAAAGAUAUUUCAGUGUUGGACAAAACAAUGCAUGUUUUACAAAAAUCUACAGAGAAAGAUUCGACAAUGCGAACUCUUAGAGCCAUCAUUGAAGAUGGAUGGCCGAUUACCAAGAAACAGCUUCCACGGUCCAUGCAAGAAUAUUUCAAUUUUAGAGAAGACCUUACUGUUCAAAAUGGGCUAAUUUUGAAAGGAUGUCGCAUUGUGGUACCAGAAUCUGCCAAACAAUAUAUUCUGCAGCCAGCGCCGGAUUAA